AAAAAAAAGAAAAAAAAAAAAAAGAAGAAGUGAUCAACAGAAAAGCUAUUCUCCAGUCCAGCUAUAACGCGCCGCACCGGAAAAACAGGGGAGCUGGUUAAGUAAGAAGAACAUAAAUAAAUCUCUUCUCAUUUUUAUUACACACAUUCUUGUUGUGAAAUGAAAGAAAAUAAAACACAAGGAGCCAAAGAACACAUCACUAUCUCAAACCUGUAAUUCUAUACUCUUCUUUGUGUGUGAUUCCUGUUGGGCUUUGAAUUCUAUAUCCUUAAAAUUAUUAUUUAUUCUUAUUUUAUCCCCUCCUUGGUUGAUCGCUGAGCACAAAAAAAAAUCUAAAAUAAUCGCAAGAGAAUUAAAGAAGAAGAAGAAGAAGUACGAUUACAAUCAACAACAAGGGGAUUUCGAUAAGCUGAAAAAGUUUGACUCUUUCUGUACUCUCUCUUCUUGGGUCUCUCUCCAAUUGAAGAAUUAGGAAGUCAAAAAAUUUGAGUUAAAUGGUAUUAUUACAAAACCUAGAUGGGUGUUUCUCUUCUGAAACAACAACAACAACAUAAAGCUCACACCUUUUUUCUACAUUCAUGGAACCAUCAUCAUCAUCAGCUCAUCUAACCACCCCAAAUGACCACAUCAUUGACAUUCCAAGAAACACCCCUUCUCAUGAGGAAGAGGAUGAGAGACCUUCCACUACUCCUCCUCCAGUGCCUGUCUCUAACUUACCUUCUUCUUCUGCUUCUGUGCGGUCAAAUCCUAGAAGCAGCACUCGUCGCAGACGCAGUCCUUUGAACUCUGGCUUAUGGAUUUCCAUUGAGCUACUCCUCACUCUUGGCCAGAUCAUUGCAGCCAUUGUUGUUUUGUCUUUGUCUAAACAUGAGCAUCCACGUGCUCCCUUAUUUGCUUGGAUUGUUGGUUAUGCCUGUGGCUGCGUUGCAACGCUGCCGCUUUUGUACUGGAGAUAUUAUCAUUCCAAUCUGGCCUCUGACCAGGAUUCUACUCAGCAUCGUCCUAACCUUAACGUUGCAGCAGGACCAUUCGCCUUCUCCAUAUCUAGAUCAUCUGAAGGAGAUGCUAGACAGACCAAUAACAGCACGUCUUCUCGUGGUAGUAGAUAUCCUGGUUUCAUAAGCGCUGCUAGACUAAAAGUUCUCAUGGAGUACGUCAAAAUGGCGCUGGAUUGCUUCUUUGCGAUAUGGUUUGUGGUAGGUAACGUCUGGAUAUUCGGAGGGCAUUCAUCUGCAUCCGAGGCUCCUAACUUGUACAGGUUAUGUUUAGUGUUUCUUACCUUUAGCUGUAUUGGCUACGCCAUGCCCUUCAUCCUCUGCACGACAAUAUGUUGCUGCUUGCCGUGCAUAAUCUCGAUUCUCGGAUACAGAGAAGAUUUAACUCAACCCCGAGGUGCUACACCUGAGUCGAUAAAUGCAUUGCCUACUCAUAAGUUUAAGUUAAAGAAAAGCAGAAGUAGUGGUUCGAGUACUAGUGAAGGUGGAGUUGUGGCGGCUGGAACAGAUAAAGAACGUGUGAUUUCAGGAGAAGACGCCGUUUGUUGCAUUUGCUUGGCGAAAUAUGCGAAUAAUGAAGAGUUAAGAGAGCUUCCUUGCUCGCAUUUUUUCCAUAAAGAGUGUGUUGACAAGUGGCUUAAGAUCAAUGCUAGUUGCCCUCUUUGUAAGAGUGAUGUUGGGGAGAAGAACUCUGAUUUGACAAGCCAGGGGGUUUUAAGUUCGCUCUCUUCUGGUGAAAACGGUAACACUCAGCAACAGGGGAAUGAAACUAGAGUUAAUAACGGUUUGGCUCACAGCGUUAUGUAGACAUUUGCUCGAUGUUGGAGAAAACGGGUACACAGAAAGGCGUUUUGCAUUGUUCCUGCACAAAACGGCGUUUGCUUCUGAGCCUUGUCGUUAAGAAGGUGAAAAAAAAAACCUGUGCGGUCUAAAUGCCUUUCGCUUUUGUAAAUUAAAACCCUCUGAACAUGUAGGAGAGUUUUGAAAAUCAGUGAUUGAGUUUGCGUGUGUAUUAGAUACUCUUUGUUUUUUUUUGUUUCUUCUCUGAAUCUAUCAUGAACAAAACCUUUAUACGAGAGCUAGGCUCUUUAAAUACCUUGUGCAGCUGAAUUGCCUUAUCAAUAGCCUAUUCUAUAUAGAAACUUUAUACUGG